UCUGUCUACUUCCGUUUGGUGGCGCUCCCCCUUUUGGCUUUGUUUUUCUCGAUGUGCAUCCGGGUUUUUGCCGGCGUGUUUGGCGGCUGUUUGCGGAGAGCGGGCGAGGCGAGGCGAGGCGCCGGCGGGAAGCGUGGCUGGCGGGACGGAGAGAUCACCACAGCUGUAACACUAUUGAAAUAAAAUAUGGAAUGGAUUUCAAUUGUGACUGAACCCAGCCAAACAAACAAUACUGACAGUAGCUUGAAAAUCACCAGUUAGCAGUUUCUUCACACUCCAGCAUUACACAGCACUUUCCAGAGAGAACUCACUGUGUGCAAGAAAUCUGCUUUACAAAUAUCUCACUGUAACCUCGGUUUUGCCUAAUUAAAUAUUUACAAAGGGGAAACAUCUACAAGAACACCAAGAAAGAUGGCGUUGGAAGAAUAUCUUUGGAUGGUUAUUGUUGGUUUUAUUAUUGCUUUUAUCUUGGCAUUCUCAGUUGGCGCAAAUGAUGUUGCCAACUCUUUUGGUACGGCUGUGGGCUCUGGUGUGGUGACCUUGCGCCAGGCCUGUAUUCUUGCUUCCAUAUUUGAAACUACUGGUUCAGUGCUGCUAGGAGCAAAAGUAGGCGAAACUAUUCGUAAAGGUAUAAUAGAUGUGAAUUUGUACAACAGCACUGUGGAUCUACUGAUGGCAGGAGAAGUUAGUGCGAUGGUUGGAUCUGCUGUUUGGCAACUGAUAGCAUCUUUCUUGAAACUCCCAAUAUCCGGAACACAUUGCAUUGUAGGUGCUACCAUUGGAUUCUCAUUAGUUGCAAUUGGUACGAAAGGAGUCCAGUGGAUGGAACUUGUCAAGAUUGUUGCUUCUUGGUUUAUCUCCCCUCUUUUAUCUGGGAUGAUGUCUGGUGUGCUGUUUGUGCUUAUUCGAUUCUGCAUCUUAAAUAAGGAGGACCCUGUACCCAAUGGUCUCCGUGCCCUUCCAGUGUUCUAUGCUGCUACAAUAACAAUUAAUGUAUUCUCUAUAAUGUAUACAGGUGCCCCAGUCCUAGGAAUCACUCUUCCUGUGUGGGCAAUAGCACUGAUAUCAAUUGGUGUAUCACUAGUAAUUGCUACCUUAGUCUGGAUAUUUGUGUGUCCGUGGAUGAAAAGAAAAAUAGCAAGUCGAUUAAAGAAAGAAGGUGCAUUAUCAAAAAUAUCUGACGAAAGCCUUGAUAAAAUUCAAGAUGAAGAUCUUCCUGUGUUUAAAGAACUCCCUGGUGCCAAAGCAACAGAUGAAAGUACUAUUCCUCUCACUGGUUCUGGAACUGAAGAAGCAGGUGUAUCUGAUAGUAUAGCAAAUGGUAGCCAUCCACGUGUACCAUAUGGACGGGCUUUCUCAAUGACACACAGUACAGUGAAAUCUCCUGUUUCCAACGGCACGUUUAAUUUUGAUGGCCAUAUGAAGAGUGACAUUCACGUCUAUCACACUGUGCACAAAGAUUCGGGAUUAUACAAAGACUUACUGCACAAAAUACACCUAGACAGAGGUAAUGACGACAGACCUCUGCAAGAAAAUAACUAUAAGUUACUGCGCCGCAACAACAGUUACACCUGCUACACAGCUGCCAUUUGUGGGAUGCCAGUUCAUUCAUCCUUCAAGGCUGUUGAUGCAUCGACUACAGAAGAUAGUGAAAAGCUAGUGACAGACACAGUUUCUUAUUCCAAAAAGAGAGUUCGGUACGACAGCUACUCCAGCUACUGUAAUGCUGUUGCUGAAGCAGAAAUUGAAGCAGAGGAAGGUGGUGUGGAGAUGAAAUUGGCCUCUGAUUUAGUAGAUCCCAACCAUCCCCCAGAGGACCUUCCAGAAGAAGAGAGAGAUGAAAGAGACUCCUCACAAGUCCACCUGCUCUUUCACUUUCUCCAGAUCCUUACAGCUUGUUUUGGAUCUUUUGCUCAUGGUGGCAAUGAUGUUAGUAAUGCUAUUGGUCCUUUGGUAGCCCUCUGGCUUAUAUAUGACAAAGGCGGGGUACUGCAAGAAGCUCCUACUCCUGUUUGGCUACUACUGUAUGGAGGUGUUGGCAUCUGUGUAGGCCUUUGGGUCUGGGGACGAAGAGUGAUCCAAACAAUGGGGAAAGACCUCACUCCCAUCACCCCAUCAAGUGGAUUUUGCAUUGAAGUAAUGUGUGCGCUAACCGUACUUGUAGCCUCAAAUGUGGGUAUUCCAAUAAGCUCCACUCAUUGCAAGGUCGGCUCUGUGGUGGCAGUUGGCUGGAUACGCUCCAAGAAGGCUGUUGACUGGCAUCUCUUCCGCAAUAUCUUUCUAGCCUGGUUUGUGACAGUUCCUGUCGCUGGCUUAUUCAGCGCUGGCGUCAUGGCAAUUCUAAUGUAUGGUAUCCUGCCCUUUGUCUGAUUUCGUUGUUGUUUCCAGGAAAGAGGGGAGUCUUUCUUUGAAAUAGAAGAAGGCAAGAUCUCUCCUUCGAGAGUGCUGAGCUCCCUAUUCAAACCAUACGCUACAGUUAGUCAACAAGGAUGUAUUCUCAGUAUCUUUAACAUCUGCUGUACAUAUCAUCUGUGUCAUUGGUUGACAUAACACGUGGUGCCGUUUUCUUAUAUAUUAAAGAAAUAUAUAUAUAUGCUUCUAGUAGGUAAAACUACCUUAAAUUAUAAGUGAGGUGAAAAUAAUUGCCUAGAAUUUAAUCUUUAGUAAAAAUGUGUACAUAAUGUAUCAUUUGGUGGCAAUUUUUAAAAUAUUUUAGAAGAGCUGGGAUAUUUGUCACUUUGAUAUAUGAUAAAGCAAGGUGCAAAAUGGGUGCAGUUUUUAAACAAAUGCUGUUUAAUGAUACUGGAGCAAAACCGCGCAGAAGUACAUUGGUUAAAAAAUGUGGUUCAUAUCAUUGUUGUGUAUAAUACUGUAUGAAUAUUGGUUUUAUAAAUACUUUUUAAAAAGUAGCUUUUUAAUGGUGCAUUUCCCUGAUAUAUUUUGGAUAAGAAAGUUUAGAAAGUACCAAAGAAGGGGAAUAGCUUGUCAGUAUUACAUUAUAUGUCUCUCCGUGUAUGUAUGUGCUGUUUGUCUCCCCUCCAUGUAAGUUUCGAAUUGAAAUUAUUUUCUGCCAUCAGCCAUCAGCAAAGCUGGGAUGAUAUCACUCCUGUUAACUGUAACUAGCAAAGUGUCGUAACGUUACAGUCUAUAUAGCAAAUAUUAUCCACAUGAGAUUUAGUAAAAGUUCGGCUUUAUGUGUUAAACCCCGAAUUGUCUUCAAACAUCUAUUCGUCAUCCCUUGUAUGUUAAUCCAGUUCUGCUCCCAUUUAUCAGCAAGUUCAGGGGGCAAAAGACGAGGAUUGAGCCCAUUCUGUUUGCUUCUCCUUUUGCCUCCAGUAAGUCUUAACUAUGCAGUGCCAACUGGGGAAUGAUGAUACCACGCACAAUUGUAGUCAUAUAUGCCCAGCAUCUAAACAAGUGGGGAACAAAUUGGGCUCAUUUGAGGUGUUAUCUAAUGUCAAUCUCCCAUGUUAGACGUGGCUAUUAUAAUGGUUAUCAUGCAGAGGAUUGAAACAGUCUUUUUGUAACAAAGGAACAACUAUAAGAUCUAAUUCAGAUGUUAACCCUGAGCAGAGUAAGAUCUGCUGCAGCAUAACUCUUCCUGCCUCCCAAUAAUAUCAGAUCUCUGCAGCUCCCGUGGAAGAGUCUACACUGCAGCUUCUUAUGCCAGUGUUGCUCCACUGCAGUAGUGCCAUAGGAAAAAGCUGCACUGUGGAGUAUCUGGUGUCACUAGGAACUUGAAGUGCUUUCAAACGUAACGUAUUGCUAUUGAUAAUGCAGACAGGAGUCCAAAAAACCCUCUUUUUGAAAAGGUAUCCUAGUUUGCUAGUCCUAUGAACAACAUUUAAUAAUGACACUACUGAAGAGACCUAGAAGGGUCUCUGGCCCUACAACUGCAACAUGUUGCAAUUCCUUAGACAUGCCUUGGAUGAGGUCUUUUUCCAGUAAUACGAGGGGUAUUUUUUAAGUAAGGUCCGUUGGAACAUAAGUACACAACGAAAGUUUAUUUCAAAAAAGUAAAUUUAUUUUCAGAAAGUACAUACUUCACUCUAUUUUUCGACAUAGUUGCCAAGUUUGUUCAAACACUUAUCAUAUCUCUGAACCAAUUUUAAAAUACCCUCUUCAUAAAAAAUUGCCGCAUGCUCCGAUAACCAAAUCGUGUGUAAUCAAAGAAGGGCGACCGGACAGCGUGUUGUCACGGCCAUCUUUGAAUUGUCGUACCCACUUAAGCACUUUGCUUUCACUCAUAACAGUAUCACCGUACACCUCACAAAUCUGUCGAUGAAUUUCUGCAGCAGGCAGGCUCCUUGCUGACAAAAACCGUAUCACUGAGCGAACCUCACAUGCGGAGGGUGAGUUGAUAGUCUUAAACAUUUUUAAAGCACAGAACAGAACCGUACAGGUUAGCUACAGAGCGGAAACUGAGCACAGUUGUUCCCGAGGCAUGCCAGUACACGACCCACGUGCUCGUUUCGGUAUACGCGCGAACUACUAGUGUCUACAACAAAACGGACCUUACUUAAAAAAUACCCCUCGUAUAAUAGGAUAGUAUUGCCCAACAGACAGCUAGUGGAAUCCAGUUCCUUCAUUUGCCAUGGAGUCUUUCAGUUUCUUGAAUAUAUCUGGUUUUUCAUACAGCUUUCAUUGGUUUCCAUUGGGCUUAUGAAACAAAUCUUUCAAGAGGACUGUGCUCCAUGGCAUCUAAAGACAUACUGUUGCGAUAGUUUUCAUGUUGGGUUUACUGGAUCAGGUUUAAGGAAAGCGUGUUUGGAGGAGAAUGGGAACCUAGACUUUUGAAAUGCUGCUAAAAUUUUGAUACAUGAGCUUUCUUGGUACACCAUUGUGAUCCUUUUUCAUUGGUCAUUCAUUCUAAAUUUCUAAUAAAAUAAUGCCCGAAAACUG